UCCCCCCCACAGUUAGAAUCCGCCUGUCGUAGUGCUUGGGCGAUCGUCGGAUCGCUCCAUUACUCAAUCAUGACGCGAUCUUCGGUUGCCAUUGUAUCCAUCACCUGUAUCGCCUGGCUCUGGGUCCGCACGUGCGGCGCUCAGUUCGCCUUCACCUCGGGUGGCAGGGCCGUCGCCUCUGCCGGAGGACUCACCGUGGUAGCACAGGUUCCCGGGUUCGGAGCCCUCAACGGAAUCUUCAACAACAACAACAACAACAACUUUUACCCACAACAACAACGACAGCAGCAAGGUGGUGGCGGAUGGCCAGGCAUGGGCAUGGGUGGACCGCAUCAUCGUGGACACGGCCAUGGCAUGGGCGGACGCGGCCCUCCAUCAUCUCCCAAUCGACAGCCAGCUCCACCUGGCUGGCCUCCAGGCUGGGAAUGGGGUGGAGGCGGCAACCACAAUCAACCAGGAUUCAAUAAUGGAGGAGGACGAGGUCCACCACCAAGACGUGAAUGGGGAGGUGGUCCAGGACCAAUGAAUCCACCACCAAGGCCAGGAUGGGGCGGAGGAGGAAUGGGACCACCACCAAGACCAGGAUGGGGCGGAGGAGGAAUGGGACCACCGCAAAGACCCGGCUGGGGAGGGGAAGGAAUGAAUCCUGGAUGGGGAGGUGAAGGCGGAGGACUGAAUCCUGGAUGGGGAGGCGAAGGCGGAGGAAUGAAUCCACCAACAGGUCCGGGCUGGGAUAACAACAGCAGCAACAACUAUCAACCCAAUCCCAGCGACCCCUUCACAAAUUGGAACAGUCCUAAUGGCGGAGAAUCCACCACACCACCGCCACCGAUCGUCACUCCUCCAACGACACCGAAACCAUCCGAGGUAGGGCCUACAUUCCAGCCACGACCACCGGCACAGACCACAAAGAGCACCCUCAUCGUAGGCACCAAUCGGCCGCCCCUCGGGCCGCUCCAGCCCACGGCUGUGCCACUGCCCACCGCCAGGCCAUCGCCGAAGCCAUCGCUGCAUUCCAUCGAGGAUUCGCAGCAGCGCGACGUCAUCUUCCCGAGCUCUUCGCGAUACAUCCACCGUCCGCCCAGCCAGGAGAUACGCGCGGAGAACAUCGAUGUGCGGAGAUGAGAGUCGGCGUAAUUAUGCAACUCUCAGAGCAGCAGGGCUUCCAACGGGGCUCAAGAUCGUCUUUGUGCGAUCGGUGAUCUGUAAACAGGUUCGGGAGCCCGUGAACAAAGACUCAGCCUCUGACUAUUGACGAAGAUUCACGAAUUUUAAUUUAAUAAAUUACACAUUGAUAAACAGA